AUGUCUGUAAAGCCCGGAAGUGUUGCGACACACAUUCCUACAUCUCUUCCUUCUUUUGCACAGACAUUUAACUCGAGCUCAUUGAGCUCUUAUGGACCCGAUGAUAAUUCUCUCCCUCCUAUUCACGAUUUUAGUCGCGUCGAGCGCCAGUCGAUUCUUUCGCGACAUCGCAGCGACGAGGACGCAUCAAGAGCAGGAAGAAAACGGACUCAUGCUGAAGCUUCUUCCAGUAGAAACGAGGAUAAUCAACUGGCUUCAGACCGCGAUUCUCCCAGUUUGACCCGAGUGAAGGAGGAACCUGAACAAGACAUGCUAGCUUCGCCGCCUCCGCCUUCCAGUGAUAACACUAACAGCAAUAUCCAUGACACUUCCGGUGCACCUCCUCCGUCUUCUAUCAAUGCACCGAAAAGCAAAAAACGUCGAGUUACUAUUAGUGGUGCUCCUGCACUUAAUACUGACGUUAGGAUCGCUGCUGAUCAGACCAACUCAACUCCCAUAUCUCCUGUUGUGAUAGGUUUUACCGUACAACGUGAUAAUCCUUCUGAGGUUGAGCAGAUUCGAUCAAUGCUCACGGUCAAGCAACAACAACAGGCCCUCAUUGAACAGCGACGAGGUAGCACCUCGGGUAUUAUGUCUCCCACUAUUGCUGCAGGUCCAUCGGCAGCGGCAGGCGAAGGGCACCCCAAAAGUUCCUUGCAAGGCACUCGCUCUGUUCGUCGUAGUCCCAACUCUGGAACUAAUAAUCGACGACACACUGUCAUCAUUCAAGCUGGCACGAACAGGCCACUUAGUCCAAAUUCUAAUAUAGUACAUACACAAGCACCGCCAGCGUCUGUUGCUUCGCACUCACUCCCUCCCCCGCCUAUAAGCUUUGCACGUCGGCGAGCUAAUCAAAUAGGCGGCGGGAAGAAGAAACCUGCUGACAUCAUGAUCAGUCCUCGGGAUGCGCACACACCCGACCAGUUUGCCCCUUCCAUUCAAAGCGCCCCUCCCAUACCGCAUGCCGGUCAGCAAGGCAGUGGAUUAGUAGGUAGAUUUCCUAUGGCGUUGCCCCGGUUACCGUCUGUAAUGGGCGAUAAUGUUCGGCGCACGGUUGGUGGGAACGUCCCACCAACACCCACAAGAUUUUCGGCCCAGCGCAUGGCCAUUUCUCAAGGAGUUUCUCAUCCAAUAACGGGCAUAUCUGGACGCUCACCUCCGAAUGCUUCCGUUCCCAUUUCCUCUACAUUGGUUCCGUCUACCCCAAGUGCACUUCAUAACCCUGGUUAUACUGGCGAGAAGUCAGCCUUUCUGGCUCCAUUUGAGUCGUUUUACGAUGCUUUGAACGAUUCUAAACAGCUCAAAACAUGGCUCAGCGAGCAGCUACAGAGGUCCAAGGUCUUAAUACAAAAUCUGACCCAACAACAGGACAAACUUCAUGAAACAGUGGAUAGUUUAGUGGAAAAGAAAGUAGCUGGGAUGAGGACUGAAAUUGUUGGUCUUAAUAGGCGAGUCGAGGAAUUAGAGGAUGCCCUUCGUGUCGCUACCUCGAGCCGGCGACCAAGUAUCGAGGGCCCUGCCUCCGGUAAUAAAGGCAAGCAAACUGUGAGAAAUGGUAAUCUUUUGGGGACAAGUAUAACUGAAGGUUAUACUUUCCCUCCCAUUGCUACCAUCGAUCGAGAACGUCUCCGGUCCGAAUCUUCUGAACACCGGAUGUCUCCAGGAUGGACACACGAUAAGGAUUCUCGGGAUACCCAGGAUUCUGAACAUGGCUCGCCGGUUUUAUACGAAUCACGGCGGCUUUCUCUUUCUUCUUCUCGGCUCGAACCUCGCGCUCAGUCCAUGGAGAGUGUCGUCCGUCCGUUUGCUUCUCCUUCUUUGCCUUUUCGGGAAGUUCCCUCUGUCUCGCAUCCUCCACCGACCAGUAGCAAACUACCUCGAGGGGGCCGUCCAUUAGGUCCCGGUCGACAUCAUUCAAGUCCUCGUCUACCUGGGCCCGUUCAAGAUUCGUUGGUGAUGUCCUCGCCUAGGCGGGAAGAAAGUCGGAGGAGUUCUAUCGUUGAUGGUUCGAUAGACGAUCGAGAAUCAUAA